CAGUGGAUUAUAUGUGAUUGAUUGACUUUAAUCACUCGCACAUUAUUAAAAUAAGUUUAUUUUUCUUACUUCUUCAUAUGGCAGAUUGCUGCGAUGUUUACUUUUCCCACGGUGAGUUUCCUGAAGGUAUGACUGCUGCCAACUCAAAUCCUGGAGCAAAAUGCACAGCACAGCUUCAUGUUCUCUGUAAGUAAAAUUUGAUGUUGAUUCUACGAGCAGCACGGAGAGAAGGCAGCCACUAGAGGCUGCACUAGCAAAGACACAGAUACAUAGAUCAGUAAUGAGAGAGCGAAUGACAGAGGAGUCAGUGGGGAAAGAGCAGAAAAGAGAUGGUGAGAUAGCAGUUCAGUGCAGCAAGUAAGAGUGACAGAGUGAAGAGAUAGCAGGAGCAAGCAUCACUACCAGCUGACAUCCUGAGAGAGAAAGAGAGAGAGAGAGAGCGAGAGCGAGAGCGAGAGAGAGUGGAGCAGCACUCAGCCACGUUGCCCAUCCUCACAUUUCCCUCUGCAGCUGUGUGAGGCAGAGUGAGCAGCGGAGAGGGGAGAGCACAUCUGAGUCUCGCGCGUGGAAACAGCAGGACCACGUACCACUUGGCCGAGAGAUCGAUGCGCUUAUGCCAAGCCACACAGUAAGGGUAAGCGGCCCGUAGGACAUCUAUGCGCUGCCACAGAGAGAGGUAGCGGGCAAGAGAGUAGCCAAAGGGACAGAGAGAGUGAAGAGAGCAAGGGGGGAGAAGAUUACCCGAGGCCAAUUCGAAAGCUUUCAGCUGGUCACUCAGAGCAGCUGCAACCCAGAAGACCAGCACUACAAGGCUCAGCUUAGGUGCUCUCAGGGUGCAGAGUCAGAGAGAGACUGGCAAUAAGAGAAAAGGUGUGAGUGGACAGGAGUAGUGAGGUUUCUUCCCAGCAUGCCACCAGUACAGCAGCAUUACAGGGCCACUGUGCCCACAACAGGCUGGAUCCUGUCUUUGGCGGUGUUUCUUGCUCUUCAGGGUGCUGCUCAUGCUGCUCCAUCAGGAGACAACAAGCUGGUUCGCACCACCAGAGUGAGGAGACAGACCCCAGGGGGGGAUCAGCCCCCUUCCACUUCCUCAGCCAACCAGACCCUGCGGGACCAACCCGUGGUUUUUAACCAUGUCUACAACAUCAAUGUACCCUUGGAGUCUCUGUGCUCUGUCGACCUGGAUGCCUCCGCACCAUCUGACCCAGGUGAUGGUUCUCGUGCUGAGCUGGGGUCAAGACCUUCUGUGGAGGGUCCAAUGGACCCAACCGGACCAACAGAAUACACUGAGCAGACACUGGAUGCUGACAGCCAGGUAACAUUCACUCACCGCAUUAACAUCCCAAAAGCUGCAUGUGGUUGUCCGGCAACAGCCACAAUCCAGCAGCUCGCCACCAGGGUGGAGAUGUUGGAGAGGGAAGUUUCCCUGCUCAGAGCUCAGUGUGGAUCUGGAUGCUGUGGGGAGAGCUCAGCCAUGGGUCGUCUGGACUUUGUCCCAGGCUGCAGUGGCCACGGCAGCUUCAGCUUUGACCUGUGUGGCUGCAUCUGUGAGGAAGGCUGGACCGGCAAAAACUGCUCCGAGCCUCGCUGCCAGGAUGACUGCUCCGGCCAGGGGGUGUGCGUGGAAGGGGAGUGCGUGUGUGACCGUGACUUUGGUGGUGAGAACUGUUCAGAGCCCCGGUGCCCUUCAGACUGCUCGGGCCGCGGGUUGUGUAUCGACGGGGAGUGUGUGUGCGAGGAGUCCUUCACUGGCGAGGACUGCAUGGUUGGCAGGUGUCUCAACGACUGCUCGGACCAGGGGCUGUGCAUCAAUGGGACGUGCCAGUGCCGGCCUGGGUAUGUGGGGGAGGACUGUUCGCUGGUCUACUGUGCCAACAACUGUAGCAAGAAGGGAGUCUGCAAGGAUGGAUUCUGCGCCUGCCAGGAUGGCUUUGCUGGAGAUGAUUGCAACUCUGUGGCACCAGCCAUGAACCUGAAGGUGCGUGGCGUGACUGAUCGCAUUAUUGAGCUGGAGUGGGAUGGGUCAGUUGUGCUCACAGAUUUCUUAGUGACCUACACACCAAGCAGCACUGGAGGUGUUCAACUAGAGAUAAGGAUUCCAGGCAAUAUCACCACCUGCACUAUCUCAGGCCUGGAGGCAGGCGUUGAGUACAACAUCAACGUGUUCGCUGUCAUUAACAACAGUAUCAGCGUCCCUGCCAGCAUUACUGUAUCAACCUAUCUCUCCAAUCCAGAUGGUUUAGUCUUUAAAUCCAUCACAGAGACAUCAGUGGAGGUCCAGUGGCAACCAUUCUACUAUUCCUUCGAUGGAUGGGAGAUCAGUUUCAUCCCCAAGGACAAUGAUGGAGGGAUGACUGCACAGCUGCCCAGCACCAUCACUUCCUUUGUGCAAACUGGUUUAAGACCAGGGGAGGAGUAUACUGUUAACCUGGUGGCACUCCGAGACCAGGGUCGAAGCCAGCCAGUCACUGCUACUGUCACAACAUUGAUUGAUGGCCCCACACAGCUGAUUGUGCGGGAUGUGUCAGACACCGUAGCGUUUGUGGAGUGGAUACCACCAAAAGCAAAGAUUGAUCAGAUUGUGUUGCGUUACGGCCUGGUGGGAGGAGAGGGUCCACGGACCACCUUCCGCCUCCAGCCCACUCUCAGCCAGUACUCCCUGCAGGUUCUGCGUCCUGGCUCACGUUACGAGGUGUCUGUGAGCGGUGUGAGGAAGGGAAAUGAGAGCGGAUCUAUUUCCACUGAAUUUACUACCGCUUUAUCGUUCUUCUCAGAGAUCGAUGCUCCCAAGAACUUGCGGCUCGUGUCCAUGACCUCCACCACCCUGGAGCUUGAAUGGGAUAACAGUGAGGCUGAGGUGGAGGGCUACCAGGUGGUGUACAGCACUUUAGCAGGAGACCAGUAUGAUAAAGUCAUUGUGCCACGCAAUGAGGGAACUACCACUAAGACAACUCUCACAGACCUGCUGCCAGGCACGGAGUACGGCAUCGGCAUUUCUGCCAUGAAGGGUAGCAACCAAAGUACACCAGCAACAAUGAACGCCAGGACAGACUUGGAUGUGCCCUUGGAUCUAACUGUGACGGCUUCCACAGACAACACCAUCACUCUGGUGUGGGGCGUGGUCCAGGGCCCCAUCGACCAUUACAAGAUCACCUACACAUCCUCCUCUGGCGUCACUAGUGAGCUGACAGUGCCUAAAGAUGUAACCACCACCACUCUUACGGACCUUGAGCCUGGGACUGAGUACACCAUCACUGUAGCAGCAAGAAGAGGAAGACAGCAGAGCACUGCAGCUACCAUAGACGCCUUCACAGGAAUCAGGCCCGUAACUCACCUCUACUUGUCAGAGGUGACUUCAGACUCUGUGUCGGUGGCCUGGAGUGCCCCAGCACCGCCUGCUGACCUCUUCAUCUUGAGCUACAGCUCUGACGACGGGACCGACACCUCUAAGGUGACACUGGACGGCUCCAAGACAAGGUCACUGGUCCAGGGACUGCUGCCGUCCACUCCGUACACCAUCAGCCUAAUCACAAUACAGGGGGAUGUUACCUCUGAGGCCAUUACGGCAUCACUCACUACAGGUAUGGACCCACCAAAAGAGAUGGCGGUGUCGGAUGUGACCGAAGACGCAGUGACUAUCUCUUGGAUCAAACCACUGGCUCCGUUUGAAUACUAUAAGCUGUCCUACCAGUCAGCCAGAGGUCGAGUGGACAGCGUGGUGAUUGACAGCGAUGUCACCAACUACACCUUGUCCAGUCUGUUUCCUGCGACAGAAUACGAGAUCAGCCUCAACGCUGUCAGAGGGAGUCAGGAGAGCAAAGUUGUCACCACCUCUGUAUUCACAGCGAUGGACAUGCCUUCAGAGUUGACGGCUCUGAACAUCACUCCACAAGGAGCCCUGCUGAGGUGGAAUCCCCCUCUUUCCAAUGUCGACAACUUUGUGCUGACCCUCACACACAACCAGGUGACGGCUGAUACUUUCCUUGUGGAAGGCAACAAGCAGGAGCACCAGCUGUCAAACCUUAAGCCAAGCACCACCUACUCUGUGGCCCUCUAUGCCACCAAAGGACCCCUCACCAGCGGCACCGUCAUCACUAACCUUCAAACACCCAUGGACGCGCCCCUGAACCUUACAGCCAGUGAGGUGAAUCAUCGCAGCGCUCUCAUCUCCUGGCAGCCGCCAAUCGCAGAAAUUGACAACUACAUGCUCACCUACAAGUCAGCUGACGGCAGCCGAAAAGAGCUGAUCCUAGAUGCAGAGGACACAUGGAUUCGACUGGAGGGAUUGGCUGAGACCACGGAGUACACAGUCAAGCUCCAGGCUGCAAGAGGACUUGACACCAGCGCUGUUGUCUCCACUACCUUCACCACAGGGAGUCGUCUGUUUGCAACACCUCAAAAUUGUGCCCAACACCUGCUGAAUGGAGAGACGCUGAGCGGCGUCUACACCAUUUACAUCAACAGAGACCCCAGCCAGGGUGUGCAGGUGUACUGUGACAUGACCACUGAUGAAGGGGGCUGGAUUGUCUUCCAGCGUCGUCAGAAUGGCCUGACAGACUUCUCCAGGAAGUGGAGUGACUAUCGGGUCGGCUUUGGAAACCUGGAGGAUGAAUUCUGGCUUGGCCUGGACAACAUCCAGAGGAUUGCUGCUCAGGGCCGUUAUGAGCUGAGAAUUGACAUGAAGGACGGACAGGAGUCUGUCUACGCAAAUUAUGACAAAUUCUCCAUUGGAGAUGCGAGAAACCUGUACAAGCUGAGGAUAGGAGAAUACAAUGGCACCGCUGGUGACUCUCUGAGCUACCACCAGGGCCGUCCCUUCUCUACAAAAGACAGAGACAAUGACAUCGCAGUCACUAACUGUGCCUUGUCUUACAAAGGAGCCUGGUGGUACAAGAACUGCCACCGGGCCAACCUCAAUGGCAAAUACGGCGAGUCCAGACACAGUCAGGGUAUUAACUGGUACCACUGGAAAGGCCACGAGUUCUCUAUUCCUUUUGUGGAGAUGAAGAUGAGGCCGUUCAACUUCCGUAGCAUCAGCAGCAAGAGGAGGCGGUCUGCGCCUGAAUAAACAAACCGCCUUCACCCAGCCCAGAGUCAAGGAUAAACGGAGUUUGGACAAUGUUUAGUGACGAGUUUCUUCUAUCUGUGUGCUUCGCUCAUGUGCUAUUUAAUGCCUUUUAGUGAGGCUGCAAAGAAAAAAAGUGGGUUAUGACAAAAAGCUACUAAUAUUUUAUUAAUAUUCAGUUGUAAAAUAAUAAAACACAUUAUUAUUAAUACACCACCAACAAUCAGAAACUGUUAUAACCAUGGAUGAGAUCAUGAAAUAGCAGAGAGGGUGAAACAAUGUCCGAACUCUGUUUAUAUCUGCUCUUUCCCAGCUUUAGCUGUCUUUCCCUGCUGUAAUUCUACCCAGACGAUAGAGGACACUGUAUGUAAUUUAUUAAAUACUUUGAAUGACAAUGGUUCUAUUUGCUGUAAAAUGGAAAGGCAAACAAAGAAGCUUUUUUUUCUCCUUUAAGUCCAAUUUGCCUUUCCCUGGGAUAAGAGGAAAUGUGCUCAGAAAUACUCAGAAAGAGUGCGAGAGCUAGCGUGAUUUUAACCGUUAAGAAAUAAUAACACUUUUAACGAAAAAUAUACUGUAUAUGCCCUUAAAACCCUUAACUGUAAGAUAUAUAUAUUUUUAUAACUGAUAUUGUGACAGAAGUCCAUCUAUUUAAUAUGAUUUGAUGCCUAUAUGAAGUUAAUGAUAAAACCUUGAGGACAAAUUCUGGACAUAAGAGAUAAAAUUAACAUCAAAAAGCAAAAUCAUCAUUCACAAAGCAGUGCACCAGCAACAGCUUCAUUACCACCUAGUUUAUUUAUUUUAUUUCUCUCUCUUUCUGUGUUACUGUUAAUUACAAUAUCCUUUGUGUUAAAUAUUAAAGCCGUAUGAAAUAUUCAAUAUUAAACUUUAUUAUUAUUGGUAGCCACACUGAGACAGUAUUUUGCACUACGAGUGGGAACACAGCAAAGCUAUUGUUGUUUAAUCAAUUCAAAUUAUUUUUUUAGUUGUUCAUGGGCAUUUAAUAUUAUUUCCUGGACUUUAUUUUCAAGCAAAUUGCAAACACUUAAGUGAUUGCUUGCAGAGAUGGUGCAGAUAAGUGUAACAUGUAACCAAAGAUCUGCAUAAUAAAGACUCGGCCCACUGUUUGGAAAGGUGCCCGUCAGUUCUGUCACCAAAGUCACUGAAGCAGCUUUUUUCAUGUAUUAAUAGAGUCUCACUUUUCAGGGACUUUUAUGGUAAUCAUGUCCCCAGGUGAUAUUUUAUGCAAUGUGAACACUAAAUUCUAUGCAAAAGAAAGUCGUGGUGGGCAUGGUGCAGAUUUUAGCCUUGCCUAUUAGCUGAAAUGAACUUAAAGAAAGCGGAACAGUAGGUGGAGUGGAGCCAAGUCUUUCUUCUGAGCCUUUCUUGUACUUGCUUCGCUAUUUAAGCUCCCCAGUGAAACAACAAAAUCAGCAAACAUGGCAGAGAAUGCAUUGUUUUAGUAGGACCAGCGUAAGCCGCAGCAUGCCCACCAAGCAUUUUGUUCUAUUCAGUGUUCACACUGUUGCACAAAGGGUUGAGUGCCAGUGCGUUGACUGCAGUUUUCUGGAGCCAGAAAACUGCGGUUUCCUCCCUCCUCUCAUCUCUGUGGAGUUUGAAGACAAACCACACACAACUAGCUAAAUCUUCUCUCUGGCUUCAUACUUUAAAAAUAAACACAAGUUGUUGUCCAAUAUAAUCCUUGGAAAUCAGUGUCACCAUCGCUGCAAGCAGCAUUUUAUAUUCAAUAAUCAAAAUAUUAACAGCUGGAAAUCUCAUUCUGGUACUUCUGUCAGUUUCUUUAAUUCUCUCACUGAAGCAAACCAGGAAGUCUGGCUUGUAUCAUAUGCGUAUAUUUUUCAUUUGUGUUCUUUGUCCUUUUUAGACUUGAAAACAAUGGUGACUCUCCCCUCUAUAAACUACAACUUAUAUACUCAUGUAGCUAUAGAGUUGAAGAUAAUGUGACUUUUGGUGUGUUCUCCCUUUAGAUGCAAACUAAUUCAGAAAGCCCUCUGAAACACUUCCCCUUUUAACCACUGUAUUUUUAACCAUGGUUGUGUUAAUGGGUGGAUGGAGCCUACUGCAUGUUGACUUAAAUUGCAACCAAGAGCCUGAUAAUUAGUAACAAAUGUCACUGGAGUACAUGUUCUAAUCUGAUUUGUAGUGACACAUUUCUUUGCUGGUCUGGGUAAAAGGUGCUCUUGAAAUGGUUUUUAAAAAGGUAGAAUAAAAACAAUAUUUAUAAGAAGCUGUUUCAUCACGCAACCUUUCCCAGGUCUGAUUAAUGUUUCAGUGUCAAAGUGACUGUUUCAGAGCCUUUCAUGCAAUCCAUCUCCCAUAGUGAUUUAUAGUAGAGUAGGGAACUCUUUAUGUACUUAUUUUAUUAACUACUUGGAUGAAGUUUGCCUCGGUGCAGUUUUGUACAUGGAACGAAGGUCAUGAAGCUUUGCAGAAAAGAAAAAAGAAUGUUAUUUGUAUUGUGACGGUUUUCUCUCAUGGCAAACCGUGAGGUGCUCUUAAAUAUUUCAAGAGGAAAGCUGAUAUAUAUUUAAGUUCAUUUUAAAUAUUUUUUCCCAUCUGUAAUCAUUUUAAGCUUUUUCUGUCAAUCAAUGAGAAAACCACAAAAAGGAAAUUGUUUAAGUUGCUGUGGAAAAGCCUAUGUCUCACCUUUCAUUUCAAGUUAAUCAUCUAUGUAUUUAUUUUUUCUCUUUCCAUUUGUUCAAAAACUUCUAUUGCUUGUCACAAGCACGUUACAUUAAUCCAUUAGUGUAAUUGAAAGCUUAGUAAUAUUAGGCUACUCUUCAUUGAGAGCUUUCAGGAAAACAAAUUAUUUGAAAUUGAGAAAAUGCAACCCUCAUGGAAAAAAACAUGCCUGAAAUUAUUUUCUUGAUAUUAUAAAUAAUUUGAUGUCAUUCCCUUUAGCAUAAAAUAUGAGCAAGUAGUUUGUUCCCAUCAUUUAAAGCCAACUGAUCAAGUAUUUUAUCAUCUUUGGAGGGUAGGGAGAUGUUAAAUUGUACGUUUUGAUCAUGUAAAAUGUCAUCUCUUCAGCUACUGAAUAACAUCAGGUUUGAAAAGAGCAUCUCCAUUAUUUACACUUAAAACUCUCAGUCACUGGGAAUACACUCACACUGAUCAUUGUUUGCUUCUACCAAGCUUCUCACUGGACAGGAAACCUGUUCCCCCUUAUUUAUUUCACUGCUAUUUAUUUUCCAAUUACUUUGUGAAAUUGUAAAAAAAAAAAAAAAAAAAAAAAA